AUGACCGAGGCGGGCCCGGCCCCUGCCCCCGGAGACGCGGACACCGCUGCGGCCGGCGCCGCGGCACGCGCCGCGCGCAAGCGUCGCCUGGAGGAGAAGGCCGCGGCGGAGGCGCAGCAGCGCGCCUGCCCCGACGUCGACGCCGCGGAGGCGGCCCGGCUGGAGAGGAUCGCGCGCAAGACGGCGGAGCGGCGCGCCGCGGAGGCCGAGGAGAGGGCCCGCUUGGCGCGGCUGGCGCAGAGAGCCGAGGAGCGGCGCCAGGCGAAGGGUUCGGAUGCGCCGCCCGGGACCGCGGCGCCGUCCCCCGAGGCGGUGGCCAGCGCCCCAACAGGCGCUCCGGGCGAGGGCGCCCGCUGCCCAGCUGCGGCGCCGCAGCCCGCCGCCGCCCCCGCGGCCCCAGAGCCGAAGGAGCGGAAGGAGAAGGCGGCGGCGAAGAAGGCAGGGCGCAAGGAGCAGCCCGCCCCGACUGGUGCGGAGAUCCGCGCGGCGAGGAAGAAGCGGGCCGAGAGGCGCGCGGCGGGUAAGCCAAGCUCGUCCACCAGCAGUUCCUCCAGGCGGCGAAGGGGGCGCAGAAAGGCGGCGGCCGGCGUCCCGGAGGAGGGCGCGCCGUGCUUCGCUUGGGAGCGCGUCGAGCGGGGGCUCGCCCCCAUCACGACCAGCUUCGGCUCCUUCGGUGUCUCGGUCACCCUGCAGGAGAUAGAAGUCUUCUUGAAGGAGUGCGGCUACGUGGAGCAGCAGGCCUGCCAGCGCUUCCGCGGCCUCCCGGCGCACUUGCAGCGCGCCAUCAUGGAGCGCGGGGCCAUCGGCGGCUGCGACAACCCCACGGCGAUCAUGGUGUCCAGGAUCAACGACGCGGAGUCCGGAGUCAUCUGUGCGAGUGCCACGGAGAAUUUGUUGGACUUGAUUCCGCAGAGGAAGAACGACGAGAUCGAGAAGCUCAUCAAGGAGCGGCAGCUCGACCACAACUGCGCCCUGAAGCUGCGCUCGCUGACGCCCGCGCAGCAGAAGUUCGCGCUGACGAUCCCGCUGCACGAGUGCAAGAACCCGUCGGCCUUCAUCCUGGCGAACUUGGCCAACGCGGACAUGACGAGCGCUGGCAACGUUCACUAG